AUGUCAAACAAGUUUUUAAGAAAUAUUAGAACAAUGUCCAAUUCUGCUAAGCCGUCUUUCACUCCAAAUAAAUAUUUCACAUUAAACAAUUCUAAGGACGUCUGGUCUUUGACUAAUGAAACUGCUGCUAAAGCUGCUACUAAUGCACAAAAUAAAGAUCGUGAAUUAAUCAACUUAGGUCAAGGUUUCUUUUCUUACUCACCACCAGCAUUUGCUAUCAAGGAAAUUCAGAAAGCAGUUGAAAUUCCUUUGGUUAAUCAAUAUUCGCCAACUAGAGGUAGACCAAGAUUAAUCAAUUCUUUAAUUGACUUGUAUUCACCAUUUUACAAAAAACAGUUGACACCUGAGAAUGUAUUGGUCACAACUGGUGCCAAUGAAGGUAUUUUAUCUUGUUUAAUGGGUAUUAUAAAUCCAGGCGAUGAAGUUAUUGUCUUUGAACCUUUCUUUGAUCAAUAUAUCCCAAAUAUUGAAUUGUGUGGUGGUAAAGUGGUUUAUGUACCAAUAAAUCCACCAAAGGAAUUAGAUAACCGUGUCACUAAAGGUACUGAAUGGACUGUUGAUUUUGAUGAAUUUACUAGAGCUAUCACUCCAAAGACAAAGGCAGUCAUUAUUAACACACCACAUAAUCCAAUUGGUAAAGUAUUCACUCGUGAGGAAUUGACAAAACUAGGUAAUAUCUGUGUUGAAAACAAUGUAAUCAUUAUUGCUGAUGAGGUCUAUGAGCAUUUGUAUUUUGUUGAUGAAUUCCCAAGAAUUGCAACUUUAUCUGAAGAAAUUGGUCAAUUGACAUUGUCUGUUGGUUCUGCUGGUAAGUCAUUUGCUGCCACAGGUUGGAGAAUUGGCUGGGUUGUCUCUCAAAAUCCAGAUCUAUUGCAAUAUGCCUCUAAGGCACACACCAGAAUAUGUUUUGCUUCCCCAUCUCCAAUCCAAGAAGCUUGUUCAUACUCUAUUGACCAUGCUCUAAAGAUAGAUUACUUCGAAAAUAUGAGACAAGAGUAUGUCAAAAAGUUUAAGAUCUUUACUAGUGUUUUUGAUGAAUUAGGUUUGCCUUAUACUAUUCCAGAAGGUUCCUAUUUUGUCUUAGCAGAUUUCUCAAAGGUUAAAAUCCCUGAUAGCUACCAAUUCCCUGAAGAAAUUAUGAGUAAAGGUAAGGAUUUCCGUAUUUCAAAUUGGUUGAUUAAUGAACUAGGUGUAGUUGCUAUUCCGCCAACUGAAUUUUAUAUUCCAGAACAUGAACAUGCAGCAGAAAACUUAUUAAGAUUCGCUGUGUGUAAAGACGAUGAAUAUUUGGAAAAAGCUGUCGAAAGAUUAAGAUUACUAAAAGAAUACAUUUGA